AUGGCUUGUUAUGGCGUGGACACUGAUGGCGUGAAUAUAGCAAAGGAUGAGUUUGAAAGAAACUUUGUCUCAGCUUUAGUUGCUCAUGGUGAAAUUGGUGUCAAGUUUGACGACAUUGGUUCUCUCGAACAUGUGAAGAAGACACUGAAUGAACGUGCAAAGGCAUAUUGCUAUUUGGUCCUCCUGGUACUGGUAAGACGUUUCGCCAAAGCCCUUGCUACAGAGGCUGGAGCAAACUUCAUUAGCAUAACUAGCUCAUCGCUUACAUCAAAGUGGUUUGGAGAUGCAGAGAAGCUCACGAAAGAUUUGUUCUCAUUUGCAAGCAAACUAGUGCCGCCCGUGAUUAUUUUUGUCGAAGAGGUUGACAGUUUGUUAGACGCUUGUGGUGGUUCUAGCGAGCAUGAAUCAACUCGGAUGAUGAGAAACGAGUUCAUGACAGCUUGGGAUGGAUUCAGGUCAAAAGAUAGCCAAAGGAUACUCAUCCUCGGUGCCACCAGCAGACCAUUUGAUCUUGAUCGUCUACCAAGAAGGAUAUAUGUCGAUUUACCAGAUGAGGAGAACCGGUUGAAGAUUUUGAAUAUUAUUUUGAAUCAAGAAAAUAUUGAAACAGGUUUUGAGUUUGAGAAACUUGCAAAAGAAACUGAAGGUGUUGGGAAAGUUAGCGGAUAA